GCAAAGCGGUAUUUAAAGUAUUUUUUUUGGUUAAGGCCGUUAGUUAACCGUUAGCUGCUGACACAGAACAGGGGUGUUGCUGAUUGGCUGGUCACCACUUAUCAGAGGUGUCAAGCUAGGCUGCUAUACCAAGGCCCUGAGGAAUCCAUCAGCAUCAUAUUUUGUGAACUCCUGACCUGAAGAUACAGUGUAGCUUUAAAGUUUUUUUUAUUCCGUUUAACUUCUCGUUCUGUCUACUCCGUUGGGACAAGCCAGUCACAAGCUGUUCUCACUGGCAGGAACUUGAAGAGAGGCAGUUUCCUAGAGGUCAGAGGUCAGGCCAUGACCCCGAGGGAGCAGCUGAGAAAGAUGUCAGCGAUGGGGGAGCAGGGGGCUCUGGAUGAGAAACACUGGUAUCGCCUGGUCAACGGCAUGUCUGCUGGAGAGCUACGUCAGCGGCAGGAGAUGAUGAUGAGGAAUCAGAUGACCAUGACUCCUCAGAUCCUGGCCCAGGGACAGCAGAGGCUACAGGGGGUGCCCACCCAGUUUGAGCCCCGCUUCAUGGAAAGAGAGCUAGCUCCUCCCUCUGAGAUGGUAUCUUCUGAGGUCAGGCAGAUGCACAUGGGGGGUCACCUCGGUCCGCCCAUGCCCCCACACCCUGGUAUACCUGGCAGGGGCUUCCCUGGAGCUGGCUAUAGCUUCAUGCCCUCAGAGCCCAUGGAAACAGUUGCCCGGCGACAGGAGCUCAUCCACAAGCAGAACAUCGCCAGGAUGGAGAUGAAUGCCAUCCUCCACCAGAAGGAGAUGGAGAACGCGCAUCAGAAGGGUCUGAUGGGUAUGGAGGCGCCCAUGAUGUACCAGUCCAACGCCAUGGCGUUCCGAGGGCGCCAGCGCCUCCCAGACGGCCACGAUGUCUUCGUCCACCGCACCACCCUGGAGGAAAUGCAGGCCAACAGCCUCCUGAUGUCCUCCAGCCCCUAUCCACCAAUCAGCACGCUGCAGAGGGAGAGGAGCCGCAGGGCCGGUCGCAGGGCAACGAAUCACAAGAGCGCAGAGAGCCACGCAUCGGGCCCAAAGGGCCAAUCGGAGGACAAGAGCGUGGAGCAGAGUCCCGGCGGUGCCUCGGGAGAGGAGAAAGAGGCAGAGGGGAAAAUGGACAUGGGAGGGGAGGCGGCCAGCAAACAACAUCAAACCAAAAUGGAUGCACAGCUCUCGGCUGGCAGCAGGAAGAGCUACAAGGAGGAGGAGCAGGGCCUGCGCAAGGCCUGCAUAAACAGUCAAGAUGGCUGCCCUGACGUUACCAACUGCAACAGUGGGGCCAGUGACAAAGACAUGCCUGGCCAAUGCUCUGCGUUCCAGUAUCCCUCCGCCAGUGGACCUAUCCCAGGCAUGCCUUACAUGUUCCCUCAUGGGCACCCCAAUCUCUUUCUCAACGGAGAAGAUAUGUCCUCUAUCCAAGACCUUAGGAAGUGGACAGUGGACGACGUGUACAACUUCAUCAACAACAUACCCAGCUGCUCUGAAUAUGCUCAGACGUUCAAGGACCACGUGAUAGAUGGGGAGACGUUGCCGCUCCUGACAGAAGACCAUCUACUGGACACCAUGGGACUGAAGCUGGGUCCUGCACUCAAGAUUCGAUCACAGGUGUCUCGACGGCUAGGCAGCAUGUUUUAUAUGAUGAACCUCCCGCUCGCCGCCGCCGCCGCCGCCGCUCUGCAGGCCGCCCCUGAGAAGGCAGGAGGAGGCCGAUCGUCAGAGAUCAGCUCCCCUGUUAACUGUAACAGUGUGGAGAUGAUGGGCAGCCCGUGUACCAGAGACCCAGAGGGCCUGAAACCAACCGACUCCCUCCCAGAGACUGACAACCCCUCUCCCCCUUCGGCCAGCAGUGGAACUGUCUGAGGUAUCAGUGUGUGGGAGAAGAGUCGUCAGCCAGUGGCUCAGAUCCAAGUCGACCACUAGCCCCUACCACAUACACAUAGACACAUACCCUCUAAGGACUUCAUGUAGAUUUUUAAGCAUUGGAUGGGUAUAAGUGAUAUAGUAAUAGCUGCAUCUUGUCCUCUGAUUGGCUAGAUGGAAUUGUGUUCCAGCCCAAAGUGUUCCAGCCCAAAGAGCUGCUUUUAAGCUGCUAACCAUUUCCAUCAGGCAAUGGUGUUCACUUUUCUAGUGUGUGUCCUGCAGUGUUUAAACUGCUAGGUAUAUGAUGGCAUUUUUUGUAUGUAUUUAGUUACAGUUGAAAUGUUUGGUACUUUUUUUCCACCAUGUUUCAGAUUCAAGAUGGAGGCAGUAAACCCCAAGCCAGUAGAAAUAUAGAUGGCUUGAUGAAGAAUGGGAAGAACACUGAAUAUACACCUCUGUGUUUGAGGGGAAAAUAAACUGUAUUUUGUAAAAGUUAA